CGCGCGCCUGCCGGAAGCCCGCGUCGGAGGCCACGCGCAGGAUGGCAGAACAGAAGAGAAAAGUUACCGAAGUGACAGAGAAAAAGAACAAACAAUUGAAGAAGGCAUCCACAAAAGAGAUCCAGCUGGCUCCUCGAGCCGUGUCGGGCACCAAGCGAGCGCACCCCGAGGGAGAAGCAGUGUUGGGGGCCAGGCAGGAGACGGCCCCCCAGCUGCCCGUGCUGACCCCGGAAGAGAAGAGGGUCCUGGAGAGGAAGCUGAAGAAGGAGCGGAGGAAAGAGGAGAGGAAGCGGCUGCGGGAGUCAGGAGCAGCCCAGAGCCUGUCGGCCAAGCGCUCCGGGGCCCAGCUGGCCCUGGACUACCUCCGUGGCUGGGCCGAGAAGCACGAGAACUGGAGAUUUCAGAAGACGAGGCAGACCUGGCUGCUGAUGCAUAUGUACGACAGUGACCAGGCUCCCUCCAGAGCAGCCCGCCACCCUGGACGGGCCCUGCUCUGCCGGCUCUUGCGUGGCUCAUGCUCGGGCCUCUCUGCGACCCUGCAGCACAGUGCCGGGAUGCUCCUCGGCGGGACCAUUGCAGUAACAGCUGUGUGGUGCCGCCUGCUGGAUCAGCAGAGGCCAUGACGUGAGGCAGAACUGUCCUCGGUCCCACACGUGUCCAGUCAGCCCGGCGUACGGAGUAGAAGAAACCAAGCUAGCAUCUGUCUCCCCCGGGAGCCUCGCUCCCAGCCCCCAAGGCAGAGGCAACACGGGCCCAACCUCAGGUGGCCACCUGCCUGCGUAGGGCAUCGGUGUGUGUGUGCAUGCGCGUGUGUGUGUGUGCAUGUGCGCGUGGGCGCGCACACCCCCCACUGUGUUCGGAAGGACUUCCUUCCGGGAGCAGGAUAUAAGAUUUGGUUUCACGGGACAAGACAGAUCCAGAAGCCUGACCUACCCGCAGGGUGGAUGACAAGGGAGCAUGAGGGAAAGCCUGGAAAGUGCCCCUCACGGUCAGGACGCACCGAGAGGGGAGCCAAGGCCAGUCCCCAACAAGCCACGUUGGGCCGGCUGGAUAUCCACACGUCAAAGAAUGAAGGUGACCCCACCCAACCUCUAACAAAAGUGAAAAGUGAGUCGGAGCCGCAGAUGUCAGGGCUGACGCUCUCCUGUCAUGACCUCGGGCCAGGCACAGGUGCCUUAAACACAGCUCCACAAGCAUGGUGACACGGAGGGACAGGCAGACGGGACAGCCACCCACAGAAUGGGAGAAAGUGCAUGUGCGCCCCGUGUCCCGCGGCCGGUCUGCCACGCAGGGAGAACCUUCCUAGCUCGGUAACAGGACAGCCCCAUUUCAAAGUGGACAGAGGGUCCACGUAGACGCUUCUCCAGAGCAGACGGCCCAGGUGACCGGGAGGACCUGCAGUGGUGCCCCGCGUCGCUGGCGCUGGGGGGACGCCCACCAGCCCAGUGUGGCCGUGACGAGCAAGGACGGCCAGUGGUGCGUGUUGAUGAAGACACAGCUUCCCUCCCGUGUGCUCCUGGAGCACCCUGUUCCCGUGUUCCAGAUGGAUCGCAUCUCCGGGUUUCUCCAAGGAUGGCAACAAUACGGUUUUGACAUUUUCUUCUCUCUGUAUAACCUUUAUUUUAUCCAGGUUGCUUCUUGUUUGUUUGCUUGGCCUCUGACUUUGGAAUCAGAGACUUUGCUCCCAGGUGGUGCCCUGUGGGGGUGGCCAGGAAUGCACGCGGCCCGGUGGCCUGUGCACUUCCGUGUGGGUUCCAUGUGGGUUGAUGGGCUGGGCUCAGGAUCAUGGGUCUUCUCUCCUGUAUCCUCAGAUUUCAGAAUAGAAUCUUGUAGUCUUGCCCCAGGACACAGGCUUGGCUGCCGACACUGUGGAAGCCGGGUGGGGGGGUGGUGGCAGCCCAUUGGAGGAA